GCAAAGCGUCGCCGCAAGGCCGGCACCAAGAAGGUCUCACUCAAGGGCGAGCUGCGCGGCGAUGACGACAUUGAGCGCAUCAGUACCACGCGCAGAGAUAAGAAGCAUCGCAAGGACGGCGAUGCGAAGGUCAGCAAGCACGGCGGCAAAACAAAGCUAUCGAGCGAUGCGAUGAUCAGAGCAGCACUGAAGCGCCCUAAAGACAAGGCCGCGCACGCGGACAAGGGCAGAAGCAGCAAGGACACACACAUGGACAAGGGCACCAGCAGCAAGGCCGCGCGCCUUGAUAAGAGCAGCGCGGGCCGCGCCAAAGACACGUCCACCCACGCGAGCAGCAACGGCAAGGCCAAGGGCAAGGCCGCUGAGAAGAAGAGAGCCGCCAGCACUAAGGAGAAUAAUCACCGCGACGCCGACGCCCAUGAUAAGGGCAAUGCUCACAAGAAGCACACGAAGCCGCUCCCCACCAGCAGCGGCUGCGACAGCAACGCCGACAGCGACUCCCCAGAGCUGCCGCCGUCGCACGAGACCGCCCAAGAGAGGAAGACCCGCGAGACGGCUGAGAGGGAGAGCCCCAAAGAGAGGAUGGACACGUUGAAGAAGGCGGGGAAGGAGAAGGCAGCCAAGAUGCUCCUAGCGACGCGGGCGCAGGCGAAGCCGAUGGUCCCGCACCAGAAGCUGGAAACAGCCAUUGAAUCCGACGGGUUCGGCAAGCUCCCCGAUGCCGUCAAAAAGAACGCGACCGACAAGUUGCAGACGUUGCCGGCCAUUCUAAGGGCGAGCUCGGAGAUUGCCUCCAGGCGCCGGGGCCUAUCCAAGUUCACGUGGACGGCGACCGAAGUGAACGACAUCGCCAACACGGCGACUGCACAGGGCGUGCUCGUGAGCACGAUGCGCAAGAGCACCCAGAAGAUGAA